UGAAGAAAUAUGUUGAAUCUUUUGAUGAGCAAUGUCAAAUUAGUCAACUUUCUUAGGUCACCAAACACUGCCAAACCUUUCACCACACCAUUCAUAGCAGAAAAGAAACUGAUGAAAGAAAAAUGUAUCUUCUUUGGCAAUCAACCAUUUCAAUUCUUUGGGUUGGUCCAACCUCCAUGUCUCACCUUGGCCUAAAUUUCCACUUCAAAAACCUCCUAUGUGCUUCAAUUCCCUCCAUCAAUUCAUCUAAUUCACCCCACCAAUAUCAAUAUGGCCACUUGUUUUCAUCAACGACCAAGCAUAGAAGAAGACUCAGUUAUACUCUUCUCAACUUCUGAAGAAUCCACCAGUUGCUCCUCUUCCUUCCAACACUCUCCGCCGCCACCGCCACCAUCACUACCAUCUCAUCAUCACAAUUCACAAAUAUCUUACAAGCUUGAUGUAAGAAACCUUUCCUAUACCAUAUGUCCUAGUGGGUCAAUAUGUGCUUCAUUUUUUCACUUGGUGCAAAAGCCUAAGCCUGUUAACAUUCUUCAAUCAGUCUCCUUCCAAGCAAUAAGCUCUGAAAUUCUUGCCAUUGUCGGCCCGAGUGGUACUGGGAAAUCUAGUCUUCUUCGGAUAAUAUCAGGCAGAGUGAGAGAUGAAGAUUUUGAUCCCAAGAGUGUAUCGAUAAAUGAUCGGUGUGUAUCUAGCCCGGCUCAGUUGAGGAAGAUAUGUGGAUUUGUAGCACAAGAAGAUAAUUUGCUUCCUUUACUUACUGUAAAGGAAACUCUCAUGUAUAGUGCCAAGUUUAGGCUCAAAGAAAUGAGUUCAAAAGAUAGAGAAAAAAGGGUUGAGAGCUUGAUGCUAGAGCUUGGCCUUUCACAUGUUGCAGAUAGUUUUGUUGGCGAUGAAGAGAACAGAGGGAUAUCUGGGGGAGAAAGAAAGAGGGUGUCUAUUGGAGUUGAUGUGAUUCAUGACCCACCAAUUUUACUCCUUGAUGAACCAACUUCCGGCCUAGACAGCACCUCAGCACUUCAAGUGAUUGAGCUACUUUCUUCCAUGGCAAAAGCAAGGCAAAGAACUGUUGUGUUAUCUAUACACCAACCUAGCUAUAGAAUUCUUGGUUAUAUUCACAACUUUGUGGUCCUCUCUCGUGGCUCGGUUGUCCAUAAUGGUAGCCUGGAAUCAUUGGAGGAAACCAUAUAUAAACUGGGAUUCCAGAUUCCAUUGCAACUAAAUGCUCUAGAGUUUGCAAUGGAAAUCAUACAGAAACUUGAAGACUAUUCAAAUUCCAAAACCUGCUUAUCUCCUCUAGAGUACUCAAUUUGGCAUGGGGAAGCAAUUGGCCAAGCUCAAGAAGGUACCAUCGAGAGCCAAAAAAUGGGUAAUUGUUAUUUUGUUAAUUUGGCUGAGAUUAUGUUUCUAUGUUCAAGAUUUUGGAAGGUCAUUUACAGGACGAAGCAGCUAUUCUUGGCAAGAACAAUGCAAGCACUUGUUGGAGGAUUUGGCUUAGGCAGUGUAUAUAUGAAGGUGAGGAAGGAUGAAGGAGGAGUUGCUGAGAGAUUAGGCCUCUUUGCUUUUAGCCUAAGCUUUCUUCUUUCUUCCACAGUGGAAGCACUUCCAAUAUAUCUUCAAGAAAGAAGAGUUCUGAUGAAAGAAGCCUCCAGAGGAGCAUACAGAAUCUCCUCUUAUAUGAUUGCCAACACCAUAAUUUUCUUGCCUUUCUUGUUUGCUGUGGCUUUGCUUUUCUCUGUCCCUGUUUAUUGGCUUGUGGGACUUAAUCCCUCAUUUUCUGCCUUCACAUUCUUCACUUUCGUUGUUUGGAUUAUAGUCUUGAUGGCUAGUUCUCUAGUACUUUUCCUCAGUGCAAUCUCUCCAGACUUCAUUUCAGGGAAUUCACUAAUCUGCACAGUUCUUGGAGCUUUCUUCCUCUUCUCGGGCUACUUCAUUCCAAAAGAUAGCAUCCCAAAAUAUUGGAUAUUCAUGUACUAUGUAUCUCUCUACCGGUAUCCAUUGGAUUCACUUCUUACAAAUGAGUAUUGGAGUGCAAGAAGUGAAUGUUUCUAUUGGCAUGGUGAAGAUCAUUCUCAGUGUUUGCUUACUGGAAAUGAUGUGUUGAAGAGUAGAGGACUUGAAAAGGACAGUAGGUGGAUUAAUGUUGGGAUUAUGUUGGGGUUCUUUGUGUUCUAUCGUCUGCUUUGUUGGGUCAUUCUUGCACGAAGGGCUUCAAAAACAACAAUAUAAGAAUGUAGAAUAAGCUCAAGUAAUUGAUUUAAGUUCAAAAACAAUAAAAAAAAAUUGUGUAAUCUCACCAUAAUGAUACAUUUAGGUGCACACAUAUUGUUUGUAUUUAGAAUUUAUCUUUUUCUUAUUCUGUUAGUACUUUUCUUUGUGAUACAAAUAAAUUUUCUAAUAAAUAUAAUUUUUCUCUAA